AUGGGUGUUUUGAAUUAUCUUGGCAUUGGUGGCCGUACACCUUCGACUGAGAAUGAAACCAGCAAUCCUGUACGAGCGCUUCCUUCUAGCUGGUACACUUCACAAGAAAUGUACGAGUUGGAGAGACGAGCAAUCUUUUCCAAGAGAUGGAUGCUCAUCACUCACAAGACGAGACUUGUCCAGCCGGGUGACUGGCUCAAAUUCGAUAUUGCAGGAUACGAGUUCGUGCUAUGUCGAAGCAAAACUGGAGAUAGCAUCCAUGGAUUUCACAAUGUCUGCCGACAUCGUGCAUUCCCCGUCGUCCAGGAGGAGAAAGGAUCAGCAAAGAUAUUCGCCUGCAAGUACCAUGGGUGGUCAUAUGGCCUUGAUGGGAAACUCGCAAAGGCUCCCAAAUACGACGAGCUUGCUGGCUUUGACAAGAGUCAGAACGGCCUUUUCAAGAUCCAUGUACGCACUGACAGCAGUGGGUUUGUCUGGGUCAACCUUGAUGGUAAAGAAAUCCCAGAAGUGCCAUGGGAGGAAGACUUCGACGGUAUUGAUAGCCAAGAAAGAUAUAGUGUAUUCAACUUUGAUGAUUAUGUUCUCGAUCAUGAAUAUCGAAAAGAGGGUGAUUACAACUGGAAGAUCUUGGCCGACAACUUUAACGAGUGCUACCACUGUCCGACAGCACAUCCGGACAUCCCCACGCUCGCCGACAUUGAAACACACAAGGUUGAUACUGACCACGGUUGGAUAAAACAUCAAUCGACACCGACGUCUGAGCAAAAGGAGCUGGGUCUUGCCAUUGCCAGUACUUACUUCUUCCCAAAUGUUUCCAUCUCUGUCCUGCCACAUUUCAUCAUGCUUCAAAGAUUCCUCCCAAGCGGACCGAAAAAGUCCACAAUGCAUUAUCAGAUCUUCCGCAACAAGAAUUCGACAGACGAGCAGUUCCAACUCAUAGCACAGCUGUACAACAAGGUCGUCAGUGAAGAUAAGGUCUUGUGCGAAUUGGCUCAGAAAAAUCUGAACGCCGAGAUCUUUGUGAGUGGCGAAAUGCACCCCAGACUGGAGAAAGGCCCGCUGUUCUUCCAGCAAGUGACACGGAAAGUCAUCAGGGAACACUUUGAGAGAGAGAAGGCAGCCAAAAAGGAGAUAUGGCCGGCUCGGCAGCAGCUGCCAAGUAGUGCUGUCCAUAACACCGAGGAUGCCGAACUGUGUUCCAGUCUAUCUUGUCAAACAAAUGAAGCAGGAUUGGCUUGGUAG